AUGUCCCGUCAAAACUACGCAGUCCCCCUAAUGGGCGCAGCAGCCCUUCUAGGAGGCGGCAUCUACUACGUCCGCAAGCCCUCUACAACCGCAGGCGACCCUGCCCAACAAAUCGCAAACAACGCAGAUAACUCCCGCCCGUCUUCCGACGCAGUCGCAGAGCAGCGCAAGAAAGCCGCCGACGCGAAACGCGAUAAUGGCCUCGGCGGCGCAGGCAUCGGCACCAACACGGGUGCCACCGGUGGCGCGGAGCUGAGCACCGGCAAUCGAGGUGGCAGCAGCGCCGACCGUGAUACUCCCAAGGGUCCCAAGGACAAGUUCCCCUCUGACGCUGGGGAGAUUGGAGGCGGACCAGGAAGGGCAAACUCGAAUACCCGGGCGAUUGAGACGCAUGGUCCUUCUAUGACACCUGGGUCGAGUACAUUGACGGGGGCAUUGACCGGGAAGAGUAACGGUCCUAGUACCUCUGGAAGCAGUGGCAGUUCGGGAGAAGGCAUUGGGUCCAAGAUCCAAGGGUUCUUCACGAGUUCCAGCAAGAGUAAUGAGAAACCCAGGCAGUCUCCGGUCGAUACCAAGAUUGUGAGCCACUCGCCUGAUACGCCGACGAACCGUGGUGGAAGCCCCUGGGAUAAGGAAAGGAGGGACGUGGUCAACCACAACCGCUCUGCAGAGUCAUGA